ACAGUUGGCAGACGACUGCGGAGCGCGCAGGACCUCCGCACGCACACCCCGUGUUGUCGUUUUUCCUCGCAAAAUCCCGAGCGCCGAGCGCUUCGGCGUCGAGCCCCAGGUGUUGUCUCGCCGUGCGCUGCGUCCACGUGGACCGAGCAACAACCCUCAUCGCGACGACCGCGCGUGUGAUGUGAUAGCCACCCGCGAGUGCAGCACCAGCGAGCGGCAGUGCACCAGCUCAGGCCAGCAGGGCCCGGGCCCAACGACGCGCGUCGCGAGUGUGUGUAGUGUGUUUUGCGUUCCCCAAGGUGUACAAUACCGGAGACACGGUGGCCCAAGCUUCAGAAUACCCCAGCGCGCCGGCGGCCAGGGCUUUCAUGGCUCAGCGGUACGACGAUGGGAUUCACCCCGGCUAUAUGGAUGGCGGCGCGGGCGGCGGUGGGUUGUACGAGCCCCACGUCGCGCACCGCCCCUCCAUCCACCACUCGCCGCAUCUUAACCAUGCGAUGCAUCAGUACCACGCAAACCAUGUGGCGCCGGCGGCGAACCAUGUCAUGGGCGCCGUGCCCGACGUCGGCAAACGAGACAAAGACGCCAUUUAUGGGCAUCCACUGUUUCCACUCCUAGCACUGAUAUUCGAGAAAUGUGAGCUGGCGACGUGCACGCCACGAGAACCAGGCGUGGCUGGCGGUGACGUUUGCUCCUCGGAGUCGUUCAACGAAGACAUUGCCGUUUUCUCUAAACAAAUCCGACAAGAGAAACCCUACUACAUCGCAGAUCCCGAAGUCGAUUCACUCAUGGUGCAAGCGAUACAAGUGCUACGGUUUCAUCUCCUCGAACUAGAAAAGGUGCACGAACUGUGCGAUAAUUUCUGCCAUCGAUACAUCAGCUGUCUGAAGGGCAAGAUGCCUAUCGACCUGGUGAUAGACGAAAGGGACGGCACCAAACCGCCGGAGCUCGGCGGGUCGACGAACGGCGACGGCGGCACGCGGAGCAACGCCGACUCAACGUCGCACACGGACGGAGCGAGCACGCCGGACGUUCGGCCGCCCUCUUCGUCGCUUUCGUACGGGGGUCCGGUGAACGACGAUGUGCGCUCGCCGGGCACCCCGGGCCCCCUCUCGCAGCCACCCGCCUCGCAGCAGACCAUCGACCAGGAUCCAGAUGCCAUGGGUAAAUGGUGUCCACGUAGAGAAUGGUCAUCACCUCCUGACGCACGGGCGGCAAGUGAUGCGGCCAGAAGAGGCGUCUUGUAUUCCUCCGUCUUCCUCGGCAGUCCCGGUGACGCGAGUAACGCGAGCAUCGGCAGCGGAGAGGGCACGGGCGAAGAGGACGACGACACCAACGGAAAGAAGAACCAAAAAAAGCGCGGCAUCUUCCCGAAAGUCGCUACGAAUAUACUCCGAGCGUGGCUAUUCCAACAUCUAACGCAUCCGUACCCUUCGGAGGACCAGAAGAAGCAAUUGGCGCAGGACACUGGCCUGACGAUACUUCAAGUCAACAACUGGUUUAUUAACGCGCGGCGGAGGAUAGUACAGCCAAUGAUCGACCAGUCGAAUCGAGCAGUGUUCUCUCCGCACGCAGGUCCCAGCGGCGCGUACAGUCCGGACGGCACCAUGGGCUACAUGAUGGACGGCCAACAGAUGAUGCAUCGACCGCCCGGCGAUCCGGCCUUCCACAACCAAUACGCGCACUAUCCCGCGGAGUAUUACGGACAUCAUCUGUGAGGUCUCACGCAUACAACGAUAACGGACAUUCAAAUAUGCAACUCUUAAAUGUGAUUAUUCUUUGUACAAAGUGUAAAUGUAGUGCCCCAGUGUUUUAGUGAAAGAGAAGGAGAAAGAGCAUUUGCAAAUGCGCGCCGCACAAGAUGAUAUGAUGAAAAUGAUGCGCGGCCUGUAAACCUAAACGAGGAUGAAGAAGAAAAACCGCAAAGCGCAAUUAAACUAAGAGAUUAAAAACACCUAAACAAUUUAAAUGCGACACCAGAAUGGCAUUGACGGUAUUCGAAUGCAGCACAACAAACAAACAAAAAUACGCGAAAUGCAACAAAUAAAACAAAAACAAACGAGAAACGGGAUGGACUUGUACAAAUAAGUAUUAGAACGCUCGUAUUAUAUAUAUAAAUGUGAAAAAUAAUAAUAAUAAAGUGCGAGUUUGUACAUAACUAUUAAUUAUAUAUAAAUAAUAAUUAUAAAUAAUAUUAAUAUUAAUAAUUAUGAGUAAUGAUAAUUAACACAAAUAUAGAACGAGUGUGCGUAGAGAACAAGAAGGGAGGGAAGCCCGGCAGCCGGAUCGCUUGAAAACGAAACGAACUCUGACAGCAUUUUAAAAACUAAAAGCUUAAAACAACAACAACAUCAACGAACAUCUGCAAAAGAAUAACUAAAAUGGCGGACUCUAAUCGAGUGUAUAACUUUAUACCACUUCAAACUAUGGCGAUUCGCUACAUUUUUAAAGUUACUAAACGAAGUGAAAUCAAGUGUACCACUGACAACAAGAUGGCGUCGCCGCCAACGCCGCCAACGCUACUCGAACCACAGGCCGGAACUACGUCAGCGCUGGAUGCAUCAACAUGGCCGACAACAACUGUAGUUCUGCACGACAGUCUCACACACACCCAUACACACACAAGAGAUACGAAAAUGCAACAAAAUGGUUGUGCCCAUUGUAUAAUAUGUCUUAAAACUUGAUAGUUUGAUAGUAGUUAAUCGAUUAAUUUCUCACAAAGUGACCGUUGCUCUUUUAUCACACCGCGCUGUUGAAUCAAGAUACAAAAGAUACAAAAUGAUGAAACAAUUAUACGAUAUACGUAAGUACGAAACCUAUACAACAAUAUGGCGCCUAUCGGAUGUGCAAAUGGCGCUGCAUAUUUUUAGAUUUUAUCAGACAGCGACAAACAAGUUGAUGAGCUAUACGAUUUUUAACGAUUUAAAACAUUUGCAUUUUUGACCAUUUCAAUGAAAUUAUUAAUGAAUACACAAGUAUACCGAACGUCGCAAGGUCUCAGGUGUCACAAGCAGGCUGAACCAAUAGCUAAAGAGAUUAUUUAUUAAACUGUAAACUUAAAGCAACAAUUAACGUACGAGUGUAAGCAAAGUGAAAGAAACAAAGAGAAAUGAAGAGAAAUCUAUCCUAUUAUUGCUAUUAAACGUGAUGAGAUUUAUAUUUUGCAUCGGUGACGAGUUAGCGAUGUGACAGAUGUGACAUUUGCAAAAUGUUGAUGCAUUCUUGCCUUUCUACGCCAAAUCGAGUUAUCAACGUGGCGACAACUUGCCUGGUAUUCGAAUUUCUUUUAUGCAUUAAUUACCACUUUGAAGGUCUGAUAUUUAUUGAAAUAUUCAUAGUAAAUUUGCAUGCGAGGCAAGUUUUCGGCGGAUUUCUUGGUUUCAAAAUGGCGUCGUUUUUGGUCGACACGCCUCCGGAAACAAGAGCAAAGGCGCAAAAUAACCUAAAAAAUAAUUAACUAAAAAUGAAAACACAGUGUAUACGAAUUUAUUGGUGAUCCUCGAUGUUAUUAAUUAAUGAUAAUUGUAAACUAAACCCUUAACUAAUGCAUAAAAUAAUUAUUAUAAAACGAUGAUGAUGAGGAGUGAGGAAAGCAAAAAUCACAGAAACAAACGCUGAGAGAUACGAGAUACGUUUUUAGUCAUUGAAUUUAUUUUUAUUUUUUAUUUUCGAAUACAAAGUUUUUAAACCGAUUUAACCGAAAAACAAGUCUAUGUAACAAUAUCAAAACAGCAAAACACGAGCGAAUCAAUUAAAUGACUUUUGAUCAUCCUCGAAUUUGGAUCGCCAACUUUUUUUAUUGUUUAUAUGUUUGUUACCUCGAAAGUUGGCGACGAAUACAGAGCUUUGAGGUUAGAUUCGUCUCAUUUUGUUGUUUUGAGGUUAUGAAGGCGACAGGAUCGUAUACGGGCUUGUAAGUGAAGUGGUCGGCUGCCGUUUAACGCACGCAACAAAAUCAACAAAUUGUAUACCGAUUUAUCUGCAAAUGUAUACCAAUAAUUUUAUUAGAUAAUAACGACAGCAGCGAUACGACAUUUCGAUUUUACGAGUUUCCAAAAAAAAGUUUCAAAAUUCUAUAGUUUUAUAAAUAUUAAUUAUUACAAUCGAUUAACAAUUCUAUAUAUAUAUAAAUAUAUAUUAUAUACCUGCAUAUAUUGUAUAUUGUGUAAAAUUGAUGACAAAACGAUGAUAAACACUCGAACAGAAAAAGACUCUGGAUACCAAUAGGAAAAUUUUAAAAUAUUUAACGCGACGAGGGUGAAAAAUAAGGAAAUAAAAAAUAAAAAUACGAAUGUAUACUCCCGGCGGCCGGCCUCCCUAAAAAAAAUAAACAAUAAAAUCCCAUUUUACGGGAUUUUAUACAGGGUGUUCAAUAAAAGCAAAGUUAUUCAAACGCAUGCAGCGUGUGUGAUAAGUCAAGCGUCGAAUGGUUUCGUGCAAUCUUCUUGUUAUUUACCAAUUUGUAACUUAAUGAGUGAAUUUUGAUGUGUUGAUGUGAAAUGAGAAAAGAAAUCUGUUACUUAUUAUUAUUAUAUUCGUAAAAUAUUCGUUCGGUGCUUGAUGCAAACACACAAAAUUGAAACACUUUGAGUUUGAAGAGCUUUGCUUGUGUGGGCAUUCUUUAAGUGAAAGAAUGAAACUGUAAAUACAAAUUAAUACCUCCAAUAUUUGAAUAAUAUUGAAUUUUGCAUAUUACGCGAAAAAUGUCUUGCGCGACAAAACGCAACACACACACAAACACAGGACUCUAAGCUGAACUAAAAAAACAAAAAUAAUACGAUGAGAGAAAUGUUGGCUGUUCGUUUUUAAGUGAUUUCCAUCAUGAAUCAUUGUUCGCCUUAUCCAAUGUAUACGAAUAAAUCAAUACGCACGGGGACGCACACCGACAGAGAUUUGUAAGCGCAUCAUCGUCGGGCGUCUUCUGCGACGAUGCUGAAGAUAAAAAUAUCGUACCUCUAUAUGUUUAUGUAAUUACGGACGCGAGUGCGGAGAGCGUGGAGCGCAGAGAUAUUUCGAAGCAAACAUGAUAAUGAAAUGAAGAGGACUUUAUUGUGUUCCGCUUUUUAAUGAUGAAACAAAAAAAUGAUGAAUAUAUAUAAAUAUUAUAAAUAAUUAAUAUAAAGAUGAUGAGAAACACACACACACACAAACCGAGAUUAUUAAACUACGUGAUGAUAAGGAUAAACAGGCGGAUUGUAUGUCCGGGUGUUUAUUCUUGUCUCCGAGAGCGCAGCGCGUUUGAAACGCGCGCAAAGAAGGAAGGAAUGGAUCAUUUUUGUUUUGUUUGUUGAUGCAUAAAAUAUUGUGUUGAUCUGAUGCAUGUGUGAUGUGAGCGUUUGCGGAGGGAUGCGUGUGGAUGGGAUGCAUGUGUGCGUAUUGUCUGUGAGUGUCCAAAAAACGUGUAAAAUUCAAAAAACGAGCAAAAAUACAUUGUAAAAAAUUA